AUGCCCCAUGAGACUUCGACAUUAGUGACAAUCGAACCCGAUACAAGCGAUGCGACCAGGAUGAAAAGUGAGGCUCCACUUAAAAAUGAUUUACCUGUCACUGCCGGCUUCUUGGUACCACAAAAAAGGGCAUCUCUACUUCAAAAAUAUCAAUGGCUCGUAAAGGAUUACGAAAAUAACGAUACAGGCAAAUACUCGACUUUACCUGUUCCUACGUACAUUUUCCCCAACCAAAGUAGUUCUUGUUUUAUCGAUGCAUCUUUUGAGCUCCUGCUCAAUGCCGUUCUUCCGUUUGUGAAUAUGUCUUUCGCUGAUCAAAGCAAUGUCUAUGAUAGUCUUCUUGUCAAUGCUUAUGAGUCUUAUUCCCAGCAGCCUCGUUUUGGUAUUCGUGCAGCUACCCUUACAGUAAGACAGUUUGUUUGGAAUAUGACAGAAUACAAGAUUGUCUCUGGUGCUCCCCGAAUGGUCAAGACAUUCCCAAAAGGCCAUGAAGGUGAUACCCACGAUUUGGCGAGCAAGAUACUACAGCGUUUGUCGGGUGCCUUUACAAGCAAGAUUUGUACAUUUUCGUCGUUGCAGUGUGAAAGAGAAGUGUCUUGA